UUGUCUUCUUCUUCUUUUAAGUUUCUUGUUUGUUGGGUUCAGAAACUAGGAUUCACAUUCACCUGCUGCCUCUGGCUUGCUCUUUCAGGUCAGAGGCCCAAAAAAACAAACACAGGUGUAAAUCAAAGCGUGUUCUGUCAGAGAAAAACUUACAAAUGAAUAACCAAGGAAGUCAGAACGUUGCAACUUGCAAGCCCGUCACCACAUUUGUCCACACUGACACCGACACUUUCAGAGAAGUCGUGCAGCGCUUGACAGGUCCAUCAGAGAGCAAUGCUGCAGCGAUACCAGAAGCAACAGCGAUAAAAACCGCCAUUCAAAGGAAGCCCACUUCUAAGCUCCAUGAGAGAAGGCAAUGCAUGAGGCCAAAACUUGAAAUUGUCAAACCUCCUCUAAGCUUAAAACCCACUGGUAAGACCCCAUCAUCUAAAUCUGGUAUUACCAACCUUUUAACAAGUCCACUGGGCGCCUCUGCUUCAUUGUUCUCUAACUUGUUCUUGAUAGAAGGAGAUAAAGCAGAUCCAGAUAGUUGUACAACAAACAACGAGGAAGAGGAGAGAGCCAUCAAAGAAAGACGCUUUUACUUGCAUCCAUCGCCAAGGUCUAAACCAGGAUAUACCGAGCCAGAGCUGCUUACUUUGUUUCCUUUAACAUCUCCCAAUUCGAGUGGCAGACCAUAAAGCGUGUUCUUUGCCAACUAUCUCAAAGCUCAUGUACAUGUAGCGUUUCAGAACUGUAUCAUUGAAAGAGAAAGACUCUUCACUUGCAUUAUCUUAAUCAAGAUUUGUCUCUGUAA